GUUCCCGCUGAUCCCUCCCCUUCCUCCUCCCCGGUUCCCGCCCCCAGCCUCGGCCUCUGCUCCCCGGCGCUCGGUGUCUCAGUGUCCGGAGGCCGCGGCCGGUGCUCGGAUCUAUCACAUCACGGGGAUCGGGCGGAGGUUCCUGGCGGCCGGGUCACUGAUUGUAUAUACGGGUGUGAUUGCCAGCGGGUUCCCCGGGAUGAAUCACCACCGGCGGGUCAGACACAGAGACGCCUCCGCUUAUAUCGGGUUCCAGUGACUGUGAGUGGACUGGUUGUAUCCAUCAUCCCCCCACAUGGGGAUAGUUUGGGAGAAUUUGGCGGAGUUACUGGGAGGAUCCGGCCAGGUCCCGCACAGGAUGACCUUAUCCAGACCCUUCUCCAUCCUGUGUUGGCGAUCUCAUUACUGUUCAGCUCUAAGGACCAUGUGAGCUCCCACCAUAGUGCAAUCUUUGGAUCCCUUGGGCAUGUGAUCAGGUCUCGGAUAUGGAAACUGCUGGAGAUCCUGAGACAUCCAGUGUUGGAGAUACCCAUGGACUGAUGAUAAAUAGCCAGGGGUCUUGCCGCUUGCGUCCCUCCUCGUACCGGGCCCUUCGCAGCGCUGUCUCCAACCUGGCACGUAUUGAUGACUUCUACUGCGAGAAGAUUGGGUCUGGUUUCUUCUCCGAGGUGUUCAAGGUGCGGCACCGUCAGUCCGGCCAGAUCAUGGUGCUGAAGAUGAACAAGAUGAUGAGUAACCGGGCGAACAUGCUGCGGGAAGUGCAGCUGAUGAACCGGUUGUGUCACCCCAACAUCCUGAGGUUCAUGGGUGUAUGUGUCCAGCAGGGACAGCUGCACGCUCUGACCGAGUAUAUUAAUGGUGGGAACCUGGAGCAGCUUCUGCAGAGUACGGACCUGCUCUCCUGGUCUGUGCGUGUGAAACUAAGUUUGGAUAUCGCCAAAGGUCUACUCUACCUGCACUCUAAGGGCGUCUUCCAUCGUGACCUCACCUCAAAGAGACAGCGUGUUACAGCUCUGUACAGUGUGGUCCUCACUCUCUCUGUGUUAUAG